AUGAAGCCUGAAGCGCAUGGGAAGAGCAUCAAGCACACCACAAUCCAGCGGUAUUCCCACCGAGACGAGGCUGACACGGCUCCUGGAACGUUUGACUAUUGCUACUGGUCCGUCCUCGACGGCAACGGCACAGCGGUCUGGCCGGAUCCCCUCCUUACCCCAGCCGGCUUGCACGAGGCCCUCGAGGCCAACGCAUUCUUCCAGUCGCACUUUGCCGACCAUGGACUGCCGUACUUUGAGUCGUACUGCACCUCCCCGCUGUCGCAUCUCCCCGCCGCUAUUCCGGCGCUCCACUUCGAGGAUGGCUUCACCGAGAAGCACAAGCUAUGGCGCGGCGACGUGAGCGAGAACAAGAUCCGACCGCACCAGGACUGA